CGUUGCAUCAGAGCCAUGAGGCUGCGGGUGGCGGCGGGAGCUCCGGCCGCCCUUAAGGUGUUGGCGGCGGCCAAGGCCGCGGCGGCGCCGGUGCAGCUCGAGUGGGGGAGGCCCGAGGCGGGGGGGGCCGCGGGGGGGCCCGUCCUGGAGCUGCGGAGCGGGACCCGGCUCUUCUCGGCCAACGCCAUUUGCCAAUUCUUCUUCCUGACACGCGGCGAGGAACCCACUGACCUCACCAACCAGUGGCUGGAGUGGGACGCCACCGAGCUGCAGCCGGCCGCCUCGGCUGCCCUCUACGCCCAAUUGGUUCGAGGGAAGAAGGGCCCGGAGGCGGUGGAAGCCCUUGGGCCACUGCUGGCCCACCUGGAGCAGAGCCUGCGCAGGAGAGGCGCCGCCUACCUGGCCGGGGACACGGAAUCGGUGGCCGAUGUGGUCGUGUGGGGCACCUUAUUCCCAGUCCUCCAAGAUGAAACCAGUCUGCCCGGUGAGCUACAGGCGCUCCGGACGUGGUUCCAACGCAUGACGUUCUCGGAAGCCUGCAGGAAAGCUGCCGACUCCAUCCUGACGCCCGAAGCGCUGCUGGAAUUCAAGUCCUACCUGCAGAAACAGCCUCCGCCCUGUCCGGCCAUGGAAAAAGCCGCCAGUAACGAGGUCGAGGAAGAAGAAGGUUCUGAGCGUGCCCUGACGGAGGAGGAGAUCACAGCGGCCACCAACGCUUGGGAUCGCGGCGUUGCGGCCCUGCCCAAGCCCUGGCAGCCGCAGAAACCUGUGCUGCCCGUGGAGGGCAUGAGGAAUGUCCUCAUCACCAGCGCUUUGCCCUACGUCAACAACGUCCCUCACCUCGGCAACAUCAUUGGUUGCGUCCUCAGUGCCGACACCUUUGCCAGGUACUGCCGCUUGCGGAACUGGAACACGCUCUACGUGUGCGGCACGGACGAGUACGGCACAGCCACCGAGACCAAAGCGGUGGAAGAAGGGUUGACGCCCCAGGAGAUUUGUGACAAGUACAACGCCAUCCACGCUGAAAUCUACCGCUGGUUUGACAUCUCCUUCGACUUCUUUGGACGCACCACCACGCCGUGCCAGACCCGGAUCGCCCAGGACAUCUUCCAGCGCCUUCUGGCCCGCGGUUUCCUGCUGGAGGACACGGUGGAGCAGCUACGAUGCGAGAAUUGCCAGCGGUUCUUGGCCGAUCGCUUCGUGGAAGGCACUUGCCCUUUUUGUGGCUACGAAGAGGCCCGUGGCGACCAGUGUGAUAAAUGUGGCAAACUCAUCAACGCUGUAGAGCUGAAGAAACCUCAGUGCAAGCUCUGCAAGAGCGUCCCCGUGGUGAAGCCCACCCGGCAUCUUUUCCUGGAUCUCCCCAAGCUGGAGGAGCGGCUGGAAUCGUGGCUGGAGCAAUCUUGGGCCACGGGGGACUGGACGGCCAACGCUCGUUACAUCACUCGCUCCUGGAUUCGGGAUGGGCUCAAACCUCGUUGCAUCACCCGGGACUUGAAGUGGGGGACGCCAGUGCCCCUCGAUGGCUUCCGUGACAAGGUGUUUUACGUCUGGUUUGACGCUCCCAUCGGCUACUUAUCCAUUACGGCCAACUACACGGAGCACUGGGAGAAGUGGUGGAAGAACCCCAAGCAGGUUGAGCUCUACAACUUCAUGGCCAAGGACAACGUUCCCUUCCACAGCGUCAUCUUUCCCUGCUCGCUUCUGGGCACCGAGGACGACUACACGCUGGUGAACCACCUCGUUGCUACAGAAUACCUGAACUACGAGGACGGGAAGUUUUCCAAGAGCCGUGGCGUGGGAGUGUUUGGGGACAUGGCCAAGGACACCGGCAUUCCGGCGGACAUCUGGCGCUUCUACCUGCUGUCCGUGCGGCCCGAGGGACAGGACAGUGCCUUCUCCUGGAGCGACCUCAUGCUCAAGAACAACUCGGAGCUGCUCAACAACCUCGGCAACUUCAUCAACAGAGCCGGAAUGUUCGUGUGCAAGUUCUUUGGUGGCACCGUUCCCGACAUGAUCCUGACGCCGGAUGACAAGCGGCUCUUGGCCCGCGUCACCCUGGAGCUGCGCCAGUACCACCAGUUGCUGGAGAAAGUCCGCAUCCGCGACGCCUUGAGAUGCGUCCUUAGCAUCUCUCGCCAUGGCAACCAGUACAUCCAAGUGAACGAGCCGUGGAAGCGGAUUAAAGGGGACGAAGAGGACAGGCGGCGUGCCGGCACGGUAACCGGCGUGGCGGUGAACAUGGCGUCUCUGUUGGGCGUUCUGGUGCAGCCGUACAUGCCGAGCGUCAGCCGCGCCAUCCAGGGGCAGCUCCGUAUCCCGCCGGAAUGCUUCGUCCUCGGCUACGACUUCACCUGCACUCUCCCCGCGGGGCACCGCGUGGGCACCGUGAGCCCCCUUUUCCAGAAGCUCGAGAACGAGCAGGUUGAAGCCCUGCGCCAGCGCUUUGGGGGGGGACAGGGCAAACAGAGCCCCCCCGAACCUGCCCCGGGGGAUCCCCAACUGAUCCGGGACCUGACAGAGGAGGUGGCCAAGCAGGGCAAUGUGGUGCGGCAGCUGAAGGCCAACAAGGCCGAGAAGGCCCAGGUGGACUCCGAGGUGGCCAAACUGCUGGAGCUGAAGCAGCGGCUCACGGUCGCCGAAGGCAAAAGCCGCGACGUUCCGGUGCCCAAAGGGAAGCGGAAAAAAUCGGAACCGCAUCGGGAAAGACCGGAAAACGAGGUGACCCACAUGUAAUAAACCACAGCGACCGCG